AUGCCUAGCGUCACUCUCUUCAUCGACUUGUUGCCUCUUUCGCCUCCGUCGGAGGGUAUCCACUCCAACAAACUCUUCCUAUUGCGCGAAUUCUACGCGUACCUGGUCAUGACGUUGCUCGCCCUCCACCAAUUUCGUAAGGGAAUCCCGGUACUACCAUACCCACCAAGGAAACUUUUCAGGGAUACGUUCCUAGUGUCGGGUGUGUGUGUUGGCAUUCUGUACGGCCUCAUACUGACCGUUGGGUUCCCUCUUCCGUUCACAACGCUGACCAUUGUGCCAGUGUGGACUGUGCUGACCCUCGUGUGCUUGGGGGUUCAAUGGGCAAAGAUACUCCGAGAAACCGUUGGCGCAGUGAUGAUGUUCAUCGGGAUGGUGAAGCUUUGGUUGUGCGAUAUCCUGCUCGUGUUCGUCUACCCGCCAUACUUCUACGUCUUCUCCACGCUAUCUACUAACAGCCAAAUCGCCUUGGUACUGCUCCUCCCGGUCAUUAAAGUGCUGAUGAGGAAGCUCUUCUCUCGGGCAGUCCAGCAUCUCGGCGACGAGACGCCAGGGCUAGUUGUAUUUAACGCCGACGUGUUCGGAUCCCUCUUUGUGGCGUAUUGUAUGCAGCGGUCGCCCUCGACCUGGACCACGACGGGUAUCAUGAUGCUGGAUGUGGUUACAAUGGCGAUAUCAUUACGGGAUGUGGCUAUCGCGCGAAAAGAGUUGCUGGAACUUGAGCGCCAGCUGGACAAGGCGCACGCGUGGCGUAGUUAUCGUGGGGAAGUGGGCCAUAUCAGUCUAGGAAUUCGCAUGCCAACUACGCUGGAGCGCGCGAGUAUUCUAUUGGACCAGGCAGCGGGAGAGUACACGAACGGACCUAGUAUCGAUAUCGUGGAUGUGGCUAGCAAAAACCGCAUUAUAGAUUAUUCCCAGUCGGGUAGGAAGAUCUUUGGGUUUGCUCGAAUCCAUCCCGCCGAUCACGGAGCUGUUGCUGUUGGGCGAAGAUCACCAAACGCUGUGAUUGAAGCUAGCUACACACUCAAGGUGCGGAGACUGUUGUGCAUGGCUGAAUUUUUGCUGCUUCUCAACUACGUCGAAGCCAUGAUCCCGCUCAUCUUCUCUAUUUACCUCGUUGCUACGUUCUACCUGCCCAACCGCGACUACUACGCUAUCUAUGACAGCAUGGACCACCACCAGCUCUUCCAGACGCUGCAGAAUUCAAAUAACGUGUGUGAACCCAGAGAAGAGAUGCCACACCACGAGUUCAUGAUAACCGAGUUGCCCGUAUUCGUUGAGCUGGACGUGACCCAGAACCUGUCCAAUGAACCCAGCAAGGCCUCCUCGUGGAUCAAAGACGAUCUCGCGUCUCUCUGCUGCCAACUGCACAAUACCAGCGAAGCGCUCCAGAGUGCGUGGGCGAAAGUUGAGCAGCUCUCUCAAACCUCGUUGAGGGGCCUGCCUCCUGUUCGAGUCAUUAUUUGCAAACCAGAGUACUACUUGGAGGCGGUGGACACUGCGUCUCCGCGUGUUUGGGACGCGCGCUAA